AUGGAAAAGCACGGUCCACGGAAAGGACAAGUACGGGUUCGAGUCCCGUCCGAGNUAAAAGAAGAUCUGAAAAAUAGAGGAGCAGUGGUUCUGGUCGAAGCCACCGAGGCUGAAAAAAACAUUUGCGAUGCCAGCAGGAGCCUUGUUAGUCAGAAGACUAAGAUGACUCCCUUCGGCGUUCUGACGGAACAGCAACUGCAUCUCGAACGGAAAUGGAAAAGCACGGUCCACGGAAAGGACAAGUACGGGUUCGAGUCCCGUCCGAGACUGGAGUUUUGCCCACAAAUCGCCAACCUUGUGAGGAAAUGGAAAAGUCCACUUCCACUCUGA